UACCGCUAAAAAUAGAGGGCAAAAGUACAAAAAUAUAAAUUUCCAUUUGCGCCGUGCUUCCCUCCACAUCUAUCCCAAACUAAAAAUUCCCUCCUUCCCUCGUUUUCUUCUCUCUUCUACCUCACACACUUUUCCCCAAACCCCUUCUCUCUCUAAACCCUCUCUCUCUCUCUCUCUCACCCUCUCUCACGCACACACGCACGCACGCACAUACGCAGAUCCUAUCGCUCACGGACUCUCAGGUUGUUCGUCCAAUUACCGAAACCUGUGAGAGAACCUCUACCGGAAGCAGGCGAGGGCUCAUCGAUGUCCGGCGGCGCUCGAGGUCCGAGCCGCCCAACGGCGGCGAAGGCAGGGGCGAUGCAGAUCCUGCCGCCGCCGCCGAAGCGGAACCUCUCGACGCUCGCGUCGACGAAGCCGCCGUUCGUCCCUCCCGAUGACUACCACCGCUUCUCCUCCGCCGCCGAUUCUCGACAAGCAGCCGAUCGUGAAGCCGAAGCAAUUGUCGUUAGAUCGCCUCAAUUAAAGCGGAAGAGUGGAACAGACGACAAUGAAAUUCAGUCUAUUGACUGGACUAGCAGUCCUGGAUGCAAUAGUGUGGUUAACAGUCCACUCAAGACGCCUGUGUCUGCAAAAGGGGGAAGGAUAUACAACAGGUCACAGGCUUCAAAGGGCAACAGAUCUGGGCCUCAGACACCAGUGUCCAAUGCCGGUUCCCCUGCUCCUCUUACUCCCGGCAGCUGUCGUUAUGACAGUUCCCUAGGAUUGUUGACAAAAAAGUUCAUCAAUUUGCUCAAGCAAGCAGAGGAUGGUAUUCUUGACCUAAACAAAGCAGCGGGAACUUUGGAGGUGCAGAAGAGGCGGAUAUAUGACAUUACAAAUGUCCUGGAAGGCAUUGGUCUAAUUGAAAAGAAGCUUAAGAACAGAAUACGAUGGAAGGGACUUGAUGCUUUACGGCAAGGGGAAGGGGAAUAUGAUGCCUCUGUAUUACAGGCGGAAGUUGAAAACCUUUCCAUGCGAGAGCAAACAUUGGAUGAUCAGAUAAGGGAAAUGCAGGAAAGAUUGAGGGGUUUGAGUGAAGAUGAAAACAACCAAAAGUGCCUUUUUGUAACCAAAGAAGAUAUCAAGGGCCUACCCUGCCUCGAGAACCAAACCCUAUUAGCAAUUAAAGCUCCUCAUGGAACCACGCUGGAAGUCCCAGAUCCAGAUGAAGCUGUUGACUAUCCACAAAGGAGAUAUAGGAUUAUUCUUAGAAGCUCAAUGGGACCUAUUGAUGUCUACCUUGUCAGUCAAUUUGAGGAGAAGUUUGAGGAGAUGAACAGUGUUGAGCCACCUGUGAGCUUCCCAGUGGCUUCAAGCUCGGGUUCUAAUGAGAACCCACCCACAGAAGUGGUCAAUGUAAACGGCACCGGGAAUGAAAUUGAACCUCAGGCACUGUACGGUCAUCAAAUGCCCUCUGAUCUUAAUGCUUCACAGGAUUUUGCUGGAGGCAUGAUGAAGAUUGUUCCCUCAGAUGUUGAUAAUGAUGCAGAUUACUGGCUUCUAUCAGAUGCUGAAGUUAGCAUAACAGAUAUGUGGAAAACAGAUGAUGCUCCCGCUGAAUGGACUGGGAUUGAUAUGCUUCAUGCUGACUUUGGAGUAGCUGAUCUCGUUACUCCAAUUCAACAAACUCCAUUAUCUGGGAUCACUGAAGUGCCAUCUGCAGCUGCUAAUUCUACUCAAAGAUGAAUGAAUAUUGAUUUGCCUAAUGUGCUAAAUCAAGAAACUCAUGUCUAUGUCCCAGUAGCAACCUUAUGUCCUCAAAUCAUUGCUUAAAGGUGCCAAAGGGUUGCCAGAAGAAAGUGCUGAAUAAGCUUUUGGAGGAAGCUAAUAGAUGGCAAGCUGGAGGUACUUCUUAUACUGUACAGUUUAGGGGCCCUGUGGUAUGAAUAAACUGGGUACUUUUGAAUUAAGAUGGUAGAGUAUGGAGGGUAUAUGAUUACUUUAACAUGGGUGCUUUGGAUUAAGUUAGGGCACAAACUAGAGAGAAACAAAGAUAGAAUUUACAUGCAUAUCCCUUCUUUGUCUGUAGCACCUUGAUCUCUGUUUUGAAAUUGAGGCAACUUAGGCUGUAUAUGUUGCAAAUGUAAACAUUGCUGCAAGGUUCAUGUACUGGAUAUUGUGAGGAAGCACCGAGCUAGAUCUGCCCCAGAUUGAUGUAAUUGCAUGGUCAGUGAUCCUAAUCUUUGGUAUAAACUAUGGUUGUAAGCAUUUGACAUGAAAUUUUGAUGUUGAUGGUAUUCUUUUGGAUUGAACGUCA